AUGAUUGUUAUACUUCAUUCGUCAAGGUUGGCUGAUGAAGGACUCCAACAAACUGUAUCUGAAGGCGACUACCAAGCUUUGGUCAACGUUAUGGGUUUCCUUUUACAUGUAAAAGAGCGACAAGUAACAACCGAUGAAAUGUUUGGUCCUCAAAGAGAUAUAAUAGAGCUACUAAAAUUCUACGAUCAGGAUAUUCCGGAAGAAGUGAAUGUUUAUUUGCAAGAGUUGCCAGAACAAUGGAACAAUACCAAAAAGAUAGCUAUCACGGUUAAGCAGCAAGUUGCACCCUUACAAGCAGCAGAAGUUGCGUUUAUUAGGAAGCGUAUAAUAGACUUUGAUAACAGAGUUACGUAUUACAGGGAAGUUUUUAAAAAAUAUCAAUUUUUCCAAUACAAUUGUGCCGAUGCUUAUGGUCUUAUUGACCAUGUCGAUAGAGAUUUAAAGAAAUUUGAGAAGAAUAUGAAAGAUAUACAAGAUUCUGGAUCGUUAUUUGAAGUAAAUGUUCCCGAGUUCAAGAUAUUGAAACAGUGCCGUAGAGAUUUACGAUUGUUAAAGCAACUUUGGGACUACAUCAAUAUAGUGCAUACAUGUGUAGAUGACUGGAAAACUACCCCUUGGCGGAAAAUAGAUGUAGAAAAUAUGGACAUUGAAUGUAAAAAGUUUGCUAAGGAAGUCAAAAUGCUAGACAAAGAAAUGAGAUCUUGGGACACUUACAUCGGUUUGGAAGCAACGGUAAAGAAUACUCUUACUUCGUUAAAGGCCGUUGGAGAAUUACAAAAUCCAGCAAUUCGAGAACGACACUGGGAUCAAUUGAUGACCAGUACCAAGACACGAAUAGUUAUGGACCAUAAUACCACACUCGCCGAUUUGCUAGAGCUUAAUUUACACGAAUGUGAAGAAGAAGUUAAGAAUAUAGUAGACAAAGCAGUAAAAGAAAUGUCAAUGGAGAAAACUCUUCGAGAGCUCAACAUAACUUGGUCUGCUAUGGAAUUCGAUCAGGAGACUCAUAUGAGAACAGGAUGCAAACUGUUAAGGGCUAGUGAAGAACUAAUUGAAACUUUAGAAGAAAAUCAGGUACAACUGCAGAAUUUAAUUACUUCGAAGUUUAUCGCGCAUUUCUUGGAGGAAGUGUCAUCUUGGCAAAAUAAACUUGGGACGGCUGAUCAAGUCAUUACAGUAUGGUUUGAGGUGCAAAGGACGUGGACCCACUUAGAGUCCAUUUUUAUGAGCUCCGAAGAUAUAAGGAAUCAGUUACCUGAGGAUUCAGCCCGCUUUGAUAAAAUAGAUACUAAUUUCAAGAAACUAAUGAUUGAAAUGGCAAAAGUACCGAACGUCAUCGAAUCUACAAAUCGACAAGGUCUUUUAGAAAUUUUAGAAGAGCAUCAAAAAAACCUUACCUUGUGUGAAAAAGCUUUAGCUGUAUACCUAGAAACAAAAAGAUUAGCAUUUCCAAGGUUUUACUUCGUUUCCUCAGCUGACCUGCUAGAUAUUCUCUCCAAUGGAAAUCAGCCCGAAUUGGUAGCGAAACAUUUAACCAAAUUGUUUGAUUCUAUUGCCAAGUUAAAUUUUGGGAGAAAUGAAGAUAAUACAUUGGAUAAACAAAUUCAUGGAAUGAUUGCCAAAGACGGGGAACACGUCAACUUUAAUAACUCAACUACCUGUGAUGGAGCCGUCGAGGUGUGGUUAAAUAGAGUACAAUCUUGUAUGCGGUCUACAAUAAGAAUUUUAAUUGGUGAAGGGGUUACAACGUAUGAAGAAAAACCUAGAGAUCAAUGGUUGUUUGAUUUUCCUGCCCAGGUUUCUCUUACUGGUACACAGAUAUGGUGGACUACUGAAGUUAACAUUGCAUUUUCUAGAUUAGAAGAAGGUUAUGAUAAUUCUAUUAGAGAUUAUUACAAGAAACAAGUUUCCCAACUUAGCACGUUAAUUUCAUUAUUGUUAGGAGAUUUAUCCAAACAAGACAGACAAAAAAUCAUGACAAUUUGCACAAUCGACGUGCAUUCUAGAGAUGUCGUAGGCAAAUUAAUACAAUCAAAAGUUGAAAGCGCCUUAGCUUUUCAAUGGGUUUCCCAAUUACGACACAGAUGGUGCGAGAAAGAUAAAGAAUGCUAUGCAAACAUAUGUGAUGCACAAUUUAGAUACAGUUACGAGUACUUGGGAAAUACUCCAAGACUUGUUAUAACUCCGCUUACAGAUCGUUGUUAUAUAACAUUAACUCAGUCACUUCAUCUAAUUAUGGGAGGAGGGCCUGCAGGACCUGCAGCUCAAACUGGAGCUUGGGGUUGCUUCGACGAGUUCAAUAGAAUAUCUGUAGAAGUUUUAUCGGUCGUAGCUGUCCAAGUCAAGUCUGUUUUGGACGCCAUUAAAAAUAAAAAGAUUACUUUCGAUUUUAUGGGGGAUCCUAUUCAGUUGGUACCUACAGUUGGAAUAUUUAUAACAAUGAAUCCGGGCUAUGCUGGAAGAACUGAAUUGCCUGAAAAUUUAAAAGCUCUAUUUAGGCCAUGUGCUAUGGUAGUUCCAGAUUUUGAACUAAUAUGUGAAAUCAUGUUGGUGGCUGAAGGUUUUCAAGAGGCAAAAAUUUUAGCAAGAAAAUUCAUAACACUGUACACUUUAUGUAAAGAAUUACUGUCUAAACAAGAUCACUAUGAUUGGGGAUUAAGAGCUAUAAAAUCGGUACUUGUGGUUGCUGGAUCUCUGAAGAGAGGCGAUCCAGGCAGACCAGAGGAGGAAGUUCUAAUGAGGGCACUACGAGAUUUUAAUAUUCCAAAAAUUGUUACAGACGACACUCCUGUGUUUAUGGGCUUAAUUGGGGAUUUGUUUCCCGCUUUAGAAGUUCCUAGAAAAAGAGAUGCCGAAUUUGAGCGAACAGUGAAACAAGCUGCAAUUGAUUUAAAACUACAGCCCGAAGACAAUUUUAUAUUAAAGGUGCAUUUUAAUUUUAUGUUAAUAUGCACUGGAAAAACGGAGGUCUGGAAAUCUCUUUUUAAAACUUAUUCAAAUAUGAAGAGAAAACCUGUAUAUAAUGAUUUAAACCCCAAGGCCGUUACUAAUGACGAACUUUUUGGCAUUAUUAAUCCUGCUACGAGAGAAUGGAAAGACGGUUUAUUAUCUGUACUAAUGCGUGAUCAAGCAAACUUGUCUGGUGACAAUCCUAAAUGGAUAAUCCUUGAUGGUGAUAUAGACCCUAUGUGGAUUGAAUCACUAAAUACUGUGAUGGACGAUAACAAAGUAUUAACAUUAGCCAGCAACGAGCGCAUAGCUCUAACUCCGGUUAUGAGACUUCUCUUUGAAAUAUCUAAUUUAAGAACUGCUACCCCAGCUACAGUAUCACGUGCUGGAAUUCUUUAUAUUAAUCCUCAGGAUUUGGGCUGGAACCCGUAA